UGGGCUGGAUUGGAGAACAUUGCACAGGUCCAGUCUUUUAAAAACUUACUCCCAGAAACAUUUAGCCUAUUACUCAUAAGACAGUGCUUGCUUUACAGACAAAGGAGACACAGACACAAUCUUCAUUAACUUUAUUCCUCAGAGUUCUUAUACUUUCUCUCAAAGCAGACUUAAAGAGCAGUACAUUUUAAUAAGAGGCAUUCAAGAAGUAUUUUACUACAAGUGGCACCAUGUGCAGCAUGGGGGACAUAAUAAUGGUGACCUUACUUUUGCCUUUCCUUUUCUCCACCAGUAAUGCACAAGGAAUGAUGUGGGACAAACUGGAGCUGAGGAAGUGGAGACAGACGGAGAGGAGCGGGAAACGAGCCUACAACAGUCUGGCCGAGCAGCAGAGCACAGGGCCGACAGAGUGGACUUCCUGGUUCAACAUCGACCACCCGGGCGGCAACGGCGACUAUGAGCGGCUGGAGGCGAUCCGCUACUACUACCGGGAACGCGUGUGCGCCAGACCCGUCGCCAUGGAGGCACGCACCUCGGACUGGGUCGCGGCGACCGACACGGGCGAGGUGGUGCACGCCAGCCUGGACAAGGGCUUCUGGUGCGUCAACAAGGAGCAGCCCGGCGGACGCACCUGCUCCAACUACCACGUGCGCUUCCAGUGCCCGCCAGUGAACGCCUACUGGACGGACUGGGCCGCGUGGGGUUCGUGUUCCGCCACGGCCUGCGAUGACGUGGGGAUUCAGGUGCGGAAGAGGAAGUGUGUGACCACGCAGCCCACGCCACUGCUAAUGCUCACCCCCGCCUGCCAGGGACACCACAUCGAGAGGAGGGAGUGCUCAACGCCCCCAUGCCAAGCCUCGUGGGGGCCGUGGAGCGAGUGGGGGAGCUGCUCGGCCUCGUGUGGGGGGGGACGGCGCACGCGACGCAGGAGCUGCAUCAGAGACGCCGACACGGUCUGGUGUGAGGGACGCCACGUCGAGGUGCAGAAAUGCGGCAAGAAGCCCUGCCCAGUGGCCUGCCAGCGAGUGUGUCCAGAGGGCCGUCCGAGCGAGGACUGCAGCCGCUGUGUGUGCGAGGGCCACCUGCUUCACGGGGAGGUGCUGUCCGCUACGGGGGUGCCCGUGCCAGGCGCCCGCGUGGCCCUGGCCGACCACCCGCAGCUCGUCCGUGCCCGCACCAACGGCGAGGGGCUCUUCAAGAUACCUGGCGCGUGCUCCGGCUCCAAGACGCUGCUGCUUAUUAGCAAGGAGAAGUUUGCCCCCGUUAGCAUCACCCCCACCUCUAACAACAGCAGCAAGACGUCCUGGGUCCGCGUCGUCUUGAAGUCCUCAGAGAAGCCGUACAUUGUGAAACACCCUGAGGAGAAGGUCCGAUACGAGGGCCAGAACGCGGUGCUCUGUUGCAAGGCGGCGGGGAGCCCUAAACCGGAGAAAUAUCAAUGGUAUCACAACGGAUCACUGCUCGACUGGAAGCAGUAUAAAUACGAGGAGGAUCUGGUACUGAAGGACUUGAGAGUGAAGCAGUCGGGUCAAUAUUACUGCAAAGCCGUCAGCCAGACUGGUAGCAUCAAGUCCACCACGGCAUCGCUCACCGUCAUGGCUAAAGGCACGCCAGCAUGCAAGUCCACUCCAGAGCCCCAUCUGGUCAAGCUGCCCUUCGACUGCAGACAGCCCGAGACCGACUCCAUAUUCUACAACGCCGGCCGAUGCCCAAACAAUAAGUGUGCGGGUGCCCUGGACUACGACAUGCGUUGCCGUGACGACAGCGGAUACUGCUGUAGCGUGAAGACCAUGGAGACGCGGCGGAUAAACUGCGGUCGUUACUCGCUACCAAUAAAGGUGGUGACCGAGUGCGCUUGUCAAAGCUGCCUGGAGCCGAAGGUGUUGGUGCGUGGAAGAGUGGUCGCGGUGGACGACGACGAGCCGCUGCGAUUCGGACACAUCGUCAUGGGGAAGGAACGGGUGGGAACCACCGGGUUCCAGGGCGGUUUCACCCUUCAGGUGUCCCCGGGCACGGAGCGGAUGGUCGUGAACUUUGUAGACCCCACGCAGAAGUUCAUCGACACGGUCAAGGUGUUCAUCUUUGACAAGAAGGGAGGAUCGGUCUACCACGACGUCAAGGUGAUGCGCAAAGUGGAGCCCGUGGACAUCGACGCAGGUGAGACGAACACCAUUUACCUGGGCGAAAUGAAAGGAGAGGACCCCAUCGGACAGCUGGUCAUACCUCCGAACUCCUUCCACAAAAGUUCGGGAGAAGUGUACGAGGGCACGGUGAAAGCUAGCGUGACGUUCAUAGAUCCACGAAACAUCACCACGGCGGCGGCCGCUCCCGGCGACCUGAACUUCAUCGGCGACGAAGGCGACACCUUACCUCUGAGGACGUACGGGAUGUUCUCCGUCGACUUCAGGGACGAUGCGAACCAGGAGGUGCUGGGAGCGGGAGCCGUGCAAGUGCUGCUGGACACGGAGCACGUCAAAAUGCAGGAGCACAUCCCCGCCAUGAAGCUGUGGUCCCUCAACCCAGACACGGGCAUCUGGGAGGAGGAAAGCCAGUUCAGCUACACAAAGGCCACCGCCGGAGGUGGCGGAAGGAGCAAGCGGGAAGAGCGGACUUUCCUUAUUGGCAACAUGGAGAUAAGGGAGCGGCGGCUCUUCAACCUGGACGUGCCGGAGAGUCGGCGGUGCUUCGUGAAAGUCCGGGCAUACAUGAGCGACAAGUUCCUGCCGACGGAACAGCUCAAGGGCGUCGUGAUCAGCCUGAUAAACCUCGAGCCCAAAGCGGGCUUCUCAUCCAACCCGAGAGCUUGGGGCCGCUUUGACAGUGUAAUAACGGGGCAAAAUGGCGCCUGCCUACCAGCAUUCUGUGACGCCAUAGUGCCUGACGCGUACACAGCGUACAUCACUGCCAUCAUGGGAGGAGAGGAACUGGACGCGGCACCCUCAACGCCAAAAAUGAACCCCAACAUCAUUGGCGUGUCCCAGCCGUAUUUAGACAAAUUAGACUAUCAGCGAUCAGAUCACACAGAUCCAGCACUUAAAAAGACAGCCUUGAGGAUUAACUUGGCCAAACCCGACCCAAACAAUCUCGACGAAACCAACGGCCCAAUAUAUCCCUUUUCGAGCAUGAUAGCGUGUGAGAACGCGCCAGUCGAGGCCAACCACUUCCGCUUCUUCCGUGUGGAGAAGGACAAAUAUGAAUACAAUGUGGUGCCGUUUGAGGAGAACGACCUGACGACGUGGACAGGCGACUAUCUGUCGUGGUGGCCAAAUCCCCAGGAAUUCAGAGCAUGUUACAUUAAGGUCAAGAUCCACGGCGCCACUGAAGUCAUGGUGCGCUCAAGAAACUUAGGGGGCACACACCAACAGACGAGAGGGCAACUCUAUGGCAUAAGAGACAUCCGUAGCACCCGCGACACGUCGGCUGCCAACACAUCCGCAGCAUGCCUAGAGUUUAAGUGCGGUGGGAUGCUGUUUGAUCAAGCUGAAGUCGACAGGUCCCUCAUAUCCGUGCUACCACAGGCUAACUGCAGACGUACCAGCACCAACGGUCUGCUGCAGGAGUACCUCAUCAAGCACCCUCCGGUCCUGCAAAACAACGAGUCGCACGCCUUCAGCAUGCUCGCUCCCGUCGACCCACUGGGCCACAACUACGGCAUCUACACCGUGACAGAUCAGAACCCGCGCGUCGCCAAGGAGAUCGCCAUCGGACGGUGUUUCGACGGAACGUCCGACGGCUUCUCCAGGGAGAUGAAGGCGGAUGCCGGAGUAGCGCUGACGUUUAGCUGCCCCAAGAGGGCCGUGACCAGAGAGAGCCUUUUCCAGCGACUCCAGACCAACCCCGCUCAGACUCUGUCCCAAAUGGCUCGUGACAUGAGGGAAUCGGACGGGCUACAGGUCAGACGGGGAGACAGUCGGGUGGUGGCGUUUCCCCCAGGACAGCAGGGCAGGCCCCAGACACGCAGGUCCUCAAACAGGAGAAGAGCUGCGGUGCGAACACGGCCAAGGAAGUAAUCCUACUCCUCUUCUUAGGUCUUGGAGUAUCUGUGGUUCCAAUGCAUUCAUGAUCCUGAAGAUGGAAUAGCGAUCAGCCUGUUUCCUAUUGUGAUUUUUGGAUGUGAAUUUCAUCUGUACUGUAAAUGCUGAAACUGACACCACAACUACAGGCCAAGAUAUACAGACAUUCCCUCAAACAUGCCCUGAAAUAAGGGUCCGUCCAAUCCUUCACAUCCUCCCAGUCAGAGCAAUACUUGUUAUGAUUUUGUUUGGUUAUCUUUUUAUCAAAUUGUGUAAUAAAUGUUUUUUUUUAGGUGUA